CCGGAAGUGCAGCGUUGUUUCCAUGUUUUCAACGUUAAUUUCUCGUCAUGUUGUUUCAGAAAUAGCGUUUAAAUAACCCACACCGCUGUUUAAUACUUUUAAGAAGUGAAACAUGCCGAAGGUGGUUUCUAGAAGCGUCGUGUGCUCGGACACCAGAGACAGAGAGGAGUACGAUGACGGAGAAAAGCCCCUUCAUGUGUAUUACUGUCUGUGCGGUCAGAUGGUUCUGGUCUUGGACUGUCAGCUGGAGAAACUGCCUAUGAGGCCCCGGGACCGAGCCAGGGUGAUCGAUGCUGCCAAACAUGCCCACAAGUUCUGUAACGUGGAGUUAGACGAGAACGCCUACAUCAAGAGAGCCGAGGGCAUCGAGCGGCAGUACCGCAAAAAGUGCGGAAAGUGCGGCCUGCUGCUCUUCUACCAGCACCAGGAGAAAAACAACCUGGCCACCUUCAUCGUGGAUGGAGCCGUGGUGAAGUUCGGACAGGGCUUCGGUAACACCAGCGUCUACAGCCAGAAACAACCGGAGGCUCCGAAGAAGGUCCGAGUGAUGAUGACGAAGAGGACCAAAGACAUGGGCAAGUUCAGCUCUGUCACAGUUUCUACCAUCGAUGAAGAAGAGGAGGAGAUUGAAGCCAGAGAGGUGGCGGACUCGUACGCUCAAAACGCAAAAGUGAUCGAGAAACAGCUGGAGAGGAAGGGCAUGAGCAAGAGGAGGUUGCAGGAGCUGGCUGAGCUGGAGGCCAAGAAGGCGAAGAUGAAGGGAACCCUGAUCGAUAACCAGUUCAAGUAGAGGAGUCUUCACAGGGACAUAGUCUGUGAUAGGGUGUCACAGCACCAGGAUCUUCCCCCUAGAAAGGAUGCUACAAAAUCAGACUAUCUUAACACCUUUACAGUUGACAGACCUUUUGAUAAUUUUCUAUAUCUCCUCUAUGAUAGCAUCCAAAAGUAGGGAUGCACAGAUGCAUUUGUUUCACAUUGCUAUUAGCCAUUUUGACAAACAACUCACUGAUUCUGAGUACUAAUAUGAGUACCCAAUACACCACAACUGUUCUUACAUUUUUUAAAAGAUUGUUUUAUGUUCUUCAUCCCUCCUCUUGGCAAUUUACCCGAGCAUAGUUUUCAUCCUCCUCUACUUUUGUCAGUUUCAUUUAUGUUAAAAAUAACCAAACUGCAGACAUGGCUCCAGCUUCAACUGCAUACCGGUUCUUGGAUAAUGAGAGGCUAUCGUCAUGCUUUAAAUCAUACUGAGUAUAUCUGCAGGGUUUUCUGUGUAGGAGGAUUUAGGCUUGGUAUCGGCAUCUGUGCAUCCCCAGAGAUUUAUUACUGAGCAGAAGAUGUUGAAAAGCUGUGGUCUAUUUUUAUAGUCGGACAUGAGAGAAAAUGUUGGCAUUGUAGGAGUGCUGCAUCAGAAGAAGUAAUGAAAAGGCAUCAGCUAAAUUGUUAUUGUUAACAUUAUUGACGUUGGCCCUGAUUUUUACAAUCAGUGCAUCACUUAUAAAAAGACUGGUGCACUGGAGGUUAAUGAAUACAUCAAAGAAGGAAACCAAAUUCUACUUUUUUUAAGAAAUAACAAAAACAAAGUCAGCUCUUCUACCAUUGUGUUCUAACUGCAUUUAAGUGUCAGCAACAAGAUCAGAUUGAUUACACUGAUUCCUAAUGUAGUAUCCUGACAGCCUGUGAGCGACACUGCAUAUCACAACACACCAUUAUUCCCCUGUCACCACAUUUCUUUCUUCCUUGCUGUCACUGGUGUUGACAUGGAUGAGGAACAAGAAGAAGGCAAGUUACCACAGUGUGUGUCACAGAAAGAUUUUCAUCAUUUACUUUUCUCACUCAAAACAGCUUGUUAGUUUGUUCCUGGUGGCUCAUCAAUACAAGCACAACACUUCCAUUCUCUUCAUUCAAAAUAAAAUUGUUAGAUAACAUCUUUUUUUAACAAGGGGAAACUAAAAUCUACACAGCAGAGAAUUAAGUAUUUAUACCAGCUGUAGUGUGUAAUAUCUGACACUUUCAUGCUGUUAGGACAUGGUCGGAGAUGAAUCCACGAAGACAAAAUGUUAAAUGUCACUCGGUGCUUUUACUAACCGUGAGCUGACAUUGUCAGCAUGUACAGCCUCUUUUCACUGAGUAUUAGGCCUAGCAGAAUUUUUUGUAUCUGAUUUGAAAAUAUAUCGGUAUAUCUUAAUAAGCUGUUAAAUAGCCCAGCCCUAUUUUCUGCCACAUGUUUUAAAACAAAAACAUCUGCAUUGUUUUUAUGAUUGAUAGUAUCUGUUGAAGAUCAAAAUAACAGGGAUGUUAUCAUGUAAAACAGGUGGUUUGGAGAGGUAUCCAAAUGUUGACAACCUUACUAUGUGGCUCACACUUUCCUCAUCCUUUUGACUGACUGGCCAGCUCUGGUAGUGAGUUUCCCUGACGUCCUAGUGCACUGCGAGGACCAUUUUUAAAUUUAUAGGUAGAGGACUGAUUGUUUCUUUGUAUAUUUCAUUUCAUGUCUGAGAUCUUCAGAUGUGUUUGAUGUUUUAUUUUUUUUAUUUUUUACAAAAAAUAAACCCUGUUGGUAUUGGUAA